CAACAGUGAACAUUAAGGACGUAGGACAGAGGAACUCAACAUGGCAGAAGAAGUCUUGAAUUUUAAAAGAGCUUUUAGGCUGGUGUUGCUGGGAUGGGCUGGUUCUGGAAAAAGUGCCUCAGGAAACACUAUCCUGGGCAACAACGAAUUUAUUUCAGGAAGGAGAAGUUCCAAAUGUGAAAGCCGACGUACUUAUGUAGCUGGCAGGGAUGUGACUGUAGUGGACACCCCUGGUUGGAUUGACCUCUCAGUGCACGAUACUCCAGAGUCUAUAGAAAAAGAGAUUGUCAGUAGUGGCGUUCCUGCUCCAGAUGCAGUGUUGUUGUUGAUCCCUCUGCACAUGGAGGUUACAGAAGGUUACAUUCACUCUGUUAUUGAACAUGUGAGUCUUCUUGGGGAUUCGGUGUGGAGUCAGACCAUACUGCUUUUCACAUUUGGACGUUGUCUUCAAAACUGCACCAUAGAGGAUCACAUUGAGAGAAAUAAGGCUUUGCACAAUCUGAUGAUGAUGUGCAGGAAUCAUUACCAUGUAUUUGAAAAUGCAAAUGGAGGAGAUGAUGAACAGGUUGAGAACUUACUGAUCAAGAUUGAGAAUCUAUGUUUGAGCAGCAACUUCAUUGAACACCCGGAAGAGGUACAAUAUGUGUCUAAAUCAACACAGACAGAAAACACAGAUGACCAGACUUCAGAGAUACAGGAUGAAAAACCUGCAAAACCAAAAUCAAAUGGAAUGCAGAGUUUCCCAGAGCUUCGGAUCAUGCUACUUGGUUUGUACAGAUCUGGUAAAAGCACAACCGGUAAUAACAUUCUAGGGGAUAACAGAUUUAAAGAAUGGACUGCCAGGUCCCAGAGGGAAGAGGCAGAGGUGGCAGGGAGAAAUGUAGUUGUGAUUGACACACCACCAUGGAGGAAUGCCACAGGAAUUUCACCUGAUCAAAAUAUAGUUAACUGGGUUUGUCAGUGCCCUCCUGGUCCUCAUGCCUUCAUCUUUGUUCUGAACCUGUCUGCAAAAUUUACACCAGAACACUGGAAGUCUGUGCAAAUAUACAUGCAGAUGCUUGGUGAGCAAGUCUGGGAACAUGUAAUCGUUGUGUUCACAGGAGCUGACAUACUUGAAGGUAUGGACAUGAAGUCCUACAUGAGAAACAAGAAUGAAAGCCUUCAAAAGCUCCUACAGAAGUGUGGGAACAGGUUUUACUUUUUCAAUAACAAGAACAGAGGCCACUCCACUCAGGUAACUGACCUAAUUGAAGGGAUUGAAAGGCUGUCCUCUCAAAAUAGCACACGGUUUUAUGAGAUGGACAAAACUAUGACAAAAAGCAUGGAGGAGAUGAAGCAAACUCUGCAAGAAAAAGCACAAAAAAGGCACCACAUGGUGGCUGUGAGACAGAAUGAACAGAAUGUCAUCUUCCGUGGUGGGAAGCCUCACACACUCACUGAGGUACGAAUUGUGCUACUUGGUGAAAAAGGAAGUGGGAAGACCUCUGCAUCAAAAAUGAUGGCAACAUUAUUUUAUAAAGAGGAUAAAAAUGAAUGUGUCGACAUUAAAACAUCAAUUGAUAACCGGAUGAUCCAGAUUGUGGACACUCCAGGAUGGUCUACAUCCUGGAGACAUCCGGUUCUAAAGCAAGGGGUAAUCACAGAGGCACUGUCCCUCUGCCACCCUGGUCCACACGCUCUCCUCAUUGUUGUGAAUCUGAGACACAGUUUCACAGACAAGAACCGAGCUGCUCUGGAGCAGAACCUGGCCUGUUUCUCCAGUUCACUGUGGAGAAAUGCCAUGGUGCUCUUCACUGGUGGGGAAAGGCUGCAGGGAGAAUCCAUAGAGUUACAUAUUGAGAGAGAAGGUGAGGCUCUUCAGUGGCUGGUGCAGAAAUGUGACCACAGAUACUCUGUCCUCAGGGACACACCAUUCGACGAUUUGCCACAGAUCAGAGAGUUACUGCAGGAGAUAGAUAAAAUGGUAGAGGCAAAUAGCGGACAGUACUUCAGCAACACGAUCCACAAUCAAACUUCUCUGAGUGAAAAACCAAGUGACCCCACUGUCAUGGAGGACAAUGAGUUCAGAUACACAGAGAGGGAGGAGAAAAUGAUGGAAAGGAUGAUGAAGACCAUACGAGAAAAGCUGCAGUUGGACAUCAAGAAUUUUCUGUCGACCUACAGAAGAACAGGAGAAAGUCUUUCAGAUAUAUUUCCAAAUAUGAGUGAGGGUCAGCCCACAUCAGAAGAUUUUCUGAAAGGACGACAAAGAGGAGGUCAGAGUUAUGGAGCAACUUCUGCAUAUGAAUCAGAUCUGAAUGCAGACAUAGAUGAUCUGGAGGUGCACCCUGAAUAAGACAGAGGACAUGAUGGACAGUUGAUAUCACCCUCUUCACAUCCUGACCAGGCAGCAACGACACCUCAUGAAGCUACUCGACUGAAAGACAAAAAGGAUCUUUUUGCGUCCCUGCACCAAACUCUACAACAACUUGGUGUCUGGAGACUAAGGUGACUGGACUAUUCUGUGAAGAAGUCUCUGAUUUUUGUUUUUAUUUUAUUUACAUUUUCUCUUUUACUUCUUUAGCUGAAGGAGAAAUACAUUUCCCCUGUGGAUGAUGAUUAUGGCUUAGGGAUUUAUUCCAAACAUGCAAUGAAAUUUAACAUAUAUGCAUGGAUCGAUGAAGUUAACUGGAAUAUCAUUUUAUUUAUCAUAUCAUUUGUUCAAGAUUUUAAAAUCCAGAGAUCUGUAAUCCCUGCAUUUUAACACUAUCAGUAGCUACACUCAGAGAUCUUCAUAUUACUGUCAACACCCUAAAUCUGCCUAAAUUGCUGAAUUUAUGAAUAAAUUUAGCAGUCGUUUCACAGUUGUUGGCUAAUGCUUUCAUUCUUUACAAUAAUUAUAUUAUCUUGAGUUCACCCUCACGUGUGAGUA